UACAGCAUAGAUAUAGUGUCAUUACAUGCUGCGAAAAGUGUUAAAAUAUCAAUUUAUUUUCAAGUAUUUUUGCUGCUGUUUAAGAGGAAAGUGUUCGUGUUGUAUCAGUUUUAUCUCUGUUUGAAUUCCACUGCGCAGGUGUCAUCGGGGCUCGGAGCUGUCUUGUGCAGCCAGCUGGCGUGGAAACAAGAACAAGUGGGUUGGGCUGUCAAAAUAAAGGACGACGAUCGACUCAAAUGCCAAUUUUCAGUUACCAAGUAGUUGCGAAAGGAACAAUUUCUCACCAAGUUUUCAACUUCCGUCGCAGUCGGCCGUGAUUUUGUGGGUGAAGUGGGCACCUCGACGAGGAGCAGCACAAAAUGAGCAGCUGGUUGGAAAACUCUGUGAAUUUUGUCCUGAAAAAGCUCGUGAGCUUGGAAGUUCCUCCCAACAAGGUAGUGGAAGUCAAAGCCCAAGAGUUCAGCUCAAGGUUCGUCCGGAAGAGAGAAGAGUCUCUGGUUUUGUACGGUCCAACCGAGACCAGAAGAGACACUGACACCAAAUAUGAAAUCGUCCUCAACGUACCUUUCAGGGACGAGGCCUACAGCCUCUACCGUUCAGAAAAUCUCAGGGAAGCCGAGGAGAGAUUUGAGACCUUCAAAUUCACCAUUCCUGCUGUCACCGAAAUUUCUCCUGAUCUAUGCAACACAUCAGACAUGCAAAAAGUCUGUGACACAUUGGUCGAACACAAAGGCUGGUCGGUGGGACACUUGGUGGCCAAUUUGGGAGUCGUCGAAAGCGUGCAAAAACCAAUUGUUCUAAGUUGCAUGAACUUAGUGGAACCUACCUCAGGCCGAUUGCCAUUGCACGUCGCAUUGGAAACCGGAAAUAAGAAGCUGAUUCAGGCGUUUGUGACCAAUGGAGCGAACCUGAACGCCAAAGACUGGGAGGGAAACACCUGCUACCACUAUGCUGCCACCACCUCUCAGGAAGUCAUUCAGUACCUGCAAUCGGUACUGAAAGACCAACCCGAGCUGCUAGACGAAACAAACAAGGACGGCCUGACCCCGCUGCACUUGGCCUGCCUGGAAGACAAACCGCCGUGCGUGGAAGCCCUUCUGCUGGCCGGCGCGAACGCAAACAUUCCCUCAGGCGGUGCCGCACCCAAAGAGCCAAAGGAGCCGCCCGCGAAACAGUUCCAGCGCGGCCUGGUGGCGGAGUACCUGCAGAGAAAUCCGAACAAACUUAUUUAUCAGGAUAUGAAAUUUGGAGGCACACCCUUGCAUUGGGCUGGCUCAAGAGAGGUGAUCGAGACUCUCACUGAUAUGGGAUGUGAUGUCAAUGCAACAAACUUCUCUCAAAGGACGCCACUUCAUGUCAUGGCAUCAAAAGGAAAACUAGAUUGUGUCGUAUCAUUGCUCAGCUGCGGUGCCAACGUAGAACUGCGUGAUCUCCAAGGUGAUACUCCUCUACAUUUGGCUGCCCGAGAGAAAAGCAUCUCAGUUGUUCAGGCCCUCGUGUGCUACGAAGCCCCUCUCGACAUUCUGAACAACAAAGGAUACUCACCAAGGCACGAGGUUGCCAGUUCCGAGGACGAGAACAUGCCCCAGAGGCUGUGGGCACUGCACGCGUGCGGCGCCAAGAGGUGUGCGCCGGACACCUUUGGCUGUCGAGAAGGCUGCAUAUCUGGUGGGACUGUUGAUGGCGUGGGUCCCAAAGAUCCCACAAUCGUUCUUCCCGCUCAGAUAGGCAGAAAUAUCAUUGAGAAACUUCUUAACGAAGCCACUUUGAAUGCAAAAGAGGACGGAAUAAGACUACUAGCCCUGGAUGGUGGUGGUAUCAGGGGUCUGGUUUUAGUCCAAGUUUUGCUCGCGAUUGAGAAGGCUCUGAACGGCGUUCCACUAACUCACGUUUUCGAUUGGAUGGCAGGAACGAGCACAGGAGGAAUCUUGGUCCUUGGAAUGGCAACUGGGAAGACUUUGGUCGAGUGUCAAGGUGUUUAUCUGAGGCUGAAGGAGCAAGUUUUUCGGGGAAAGAGGCCGUAUAAUAGUGAGCCUCUGGAGAAGAUGCUGCAGGGAGCACUCGGCGAGAACACUGUCAUGACUGAUAUUAAAAAUCCAAAAAUUAUCAUCACCGGUCUGCUGGCCGACCGGAAGCCGCCAGACAUGCACAUUUUCCGCAACUACGACAGCGCCUUGGACGUCCUCUACGGCUCUGAAUUCUAUCCUGUUCCUCUCCCCGCCCAACCUAAAGAAUUCCACGCGCCACCCUCUCCUAAAAGUCAGAAGCUGUGGGAAGCUGGCAGAGCUACGGGCGCUGCUCCUUCUUAUUUUAGGGCAUACGGUUGUUUCCUCGAUGGAGGCUUAAUUGCCAACAACCCUACCAUGGAUGCCAUGACUGAAAUCCACGAACUAAAUUUGGCCCUGAAAGCUGUCGGCCGUGAAAGUGAAGUAAAGCCCUUGUCAUUAGUCGUGUCUAUUGGCACUGGUGAAAUACCUCUUUCCAAGAUGGCUGAUUUUGAUGUUUUUCGGCCGGAGAGCGUUUUAGAUACUUUUCGGCUGGCAAGAGGCCUCUCAACGCUAGGCACUCUCCUUGUUGAUCAGGCAACUUUAGCAACUGGCAGAGUUAUCGACAGGACGCGCUCGUGGUGCACUUCGCUGGGGGUGCCAUUUUUCCGCUUCUCCCCACAGAUGUCAGAGGAGAUUGAAAUGGACGAGAGAGACGACGCCAAGCUGGUCAACAUGUUGUGGGAGGCGCGGGCGUUCAUGCACAAACAAGCCGAGCCUCUUGCCAACCUGGCCAAGUUGCUUCUGAAGGAGCGAAAACCUAAUGUUAAUUGAGCAUGUUGUCUAAAUGUUGGAUCAAGUCUUUUUAGAUGAUUAUAAAAAUGAAUAUUCUAUAUAUUUGCCGUUGGUGUCGUGGAGACAAUAUCAACUUGGGUGUUUAUCAGAGGUGUUAAGGGAGUUUUUACACAGCUUGUUCGAUCGACCACCCUGUUCUGUAUGCAGCCCACGCAGCCGUUUUGCACUGAAGCAAAUAUUUUCUCUACACAUUUGAAUCUUAGUUUAGUGCGUCAGUGAUAUUUUUGUGCGACCCUGACACUAAAAUAGAAGCUUCACACAAACAGUAGCUAUUUCCUCAUUUUGCCAAUAUUUUUGUCAUUGAUUUGAUUUAUACACAGAUUCCUUUAUGCAACAGUAAUUUAUUUAUUAUUUUGUAUAUUUGCUAGAUUUAAUUUUUUUACUGUUUGCGUCUGCCAUUGACUUGUUCCCAAGAUUUACAUUGCGGGUUCAUUGCAAAAUGUGAUCUAGAGCCAUCGAAUCGGCUGCAAAAUUCUGUUGAUUCCUCUUUUGUAUCGGACCAUUCAUAUUAGUAAAUAAUAAUGUAAAAUCAUUAAAUAUGAAAUGCAAUAAAAUAUAUCUCAAUUACUAUACAAAA